AAUCCCAGUGAAGGAGAUGGUGAUAAAAAGGUAUGAAAUAUUUAUACAUCAUACUAGGAAUUAAGAUAUAAAUGUAUCUGAAUUUUUGUCAUUCAAAAAGGGGAAGGCGAAGGCUGUCGCUUGUAAGAAGAAGAAGAAAGCAAAUGCUCAGCCAGUAGAUUUGCUUCCUUUUCUACAGCGAGAAGAGAAGAGGCCAAUACGACCUAGAAACCCUCCUAUGCCUGUAACACCUGAGGUAAUCCUUCCAAUUGAUCCAUUUGUGACACCUGAAUUUCCUCGGUUUUCAAGGCUUGCACACUGGAUGGAUCUACGGGGCAUAUAUCGUGUACCGUUUUAUAUCAAUGGAAGAGAAAUUGAAAAAGAGUUCUUUCAAAAAAUGGACGAUGCAGAAAAGAAUCUCAACAAAGAGCACAUAAAUGUUGCAUUUGAAAUGCUAAAUUGUAAGAGGGUUGAGCAAGGUGCUUGGUUCCGCAACAACAAUCUUCCAGCAGCAUGCUUUGUACCAGUCAGAUUCUUAGAAGUGGUUGGGUACGCUUAUGAAUCUGUCAGGAAGCCACAUAAGAAAAAACAAACGUUAUUGGAGGGCUGUGUAGGCGAACUUGUGAAAGGUUUAAUACAUCCAAAGAAGGUAUGGCUGGAAGAUGUUGAUGUUAUAUAUGGUGUCAUUGAAGAUAAGUUGAGCUAUCACUAUAUUGGGGUGGAGAUACAAUUGAUUGAUAACACAAUCACACUCUUCCAUUGUGGUCUUCCAAAAGCAAAUAUCAAACGUGCUCUUAAUCAAAUCCAAGAACUGGCAGGUAAAAACUCUUUGUGAUUUAUUAAUUUUAUCAUUCAGUGUAGAAAAAUCAGUUUUAUUUAUAUUGUUACAUUGAUUAUGGAUAGGAUUGUGAAAGUAUGCGUAUCCUGAAAAAAGAAUUUUAGCUAAUUUAGAAAAUAAAAGUUUGUCUCUUGCUGCUUGUGCUUGUGAUGCAUUUUUACAUAUUCAUUUUGUUGUCUGUUGGUGAUUAAUUUAUUGUAUAAUUUUGGGUAUUUAUGACAGUGUUGAUUAGUGCCAUAAAGAUGGAACUUCUUGGUGAAGAGGUUAAUUUCGAAGAUAUCAGUCCAUUUCAAGUUAAGUUUGCAGAAGGGCUUCCAAAGACAAAAUUUCCAUACAACUGUGGUAUUUUUGUUGUGAAGAUGCUGGAAUGCAGGUCACUGGGAUUGAAGAGCAUGGCUAAUAUAAAUGAUGAAACUGCGAUGGACUUACGAAGCAAGCUAUGUUGUGAGAUCUUCGACCAGUUUAUGGAUAAAGAUUUCCAGGAAGGUCAAAGGAAGUGAAAAUGUCAUAUUUGUUCUGUUUUUUACUCUGUUUUUCUACUUUGACGUUAAUUAUCCCUAACGUUUAAGUUUAAGUUUGUAAUGAAUUAUCCCUAACGUUUUUUUCAUUUAGAUUGUUAUUGAAAAUUUUUUAGGA